AGGAUUUAUGUUGAACCUUGGCUCAUUACUAGCAUGAUGUUGCUUGAAAGAAGUGAGAUGGCAGCUUUGUGUAUGCUUUAAUGUGUGCCGCAGGGUUAUCAACAUGAGUGCAUCUCCGCCAGUGUCUGAAAUGAUGGCUGCUCUCAGAGCUCCAUCUGACCACUGGCAGGACAGCUAUCACAGGCUUGCUGAUGCUCAUCGACGGCUGCAGCGAGUGAACCAAGGGCUGGAGGACAAGCUGCUCAGGCUUGCUGACCGCAGCCACAGUGAAAAAGAAGCGCUCACUGAACAGAUAGAAAAACUUUCCACUGCUCUCACCACUGCUGCCUCUGCCAUUCACAGACUCAAAGGAGAGAAGGAGAGACUUCAGCAGGAUCUGAACCUGGCCAUUGAGCUCCUGCAGUGCAACUCCUCUCAGUAUGGCAAGCAUAAGAUUGACUCCCUGCCCCCUGACCUCCAGCAGCGGGUGGCUGUACGCAUGGAGAGUGAGGGGCAGCAACAACGCAAUAAUAACAACAAUGCCACUAAGGCUCCUGAGAUGAAAGUGAUCAGAGUACCCAUACCCACCUUCCCGCCCACUGCCAUGGUGUACUCCCUCAAUAAGUGCAACGAAGAUGCGCCCGACGAAGAAGAGGUGCAGGAAGCAGAAGACAUGGUGUCAGCGGCCAUCAUGGCGGCAGUGCUCGAGGAACGUCAGAAGGAACAGAGACAUUGCCCCACAUGCACCUGCACUUCUCAUGAGAGUUCCCCCAAUAGUGCCAACAAACCAGGAGGGAAUAAAAAGAGUGGACCAAAAGGUCAUGGUAGAGGGGCUUCUGCUUCAGGCAACGCACCAAUAGCAAGCAAUUCGUUCUUCACGCAUCAAGAUGUGCACCAAUACUCAAAAAGCUGCUCUUUCUCGCAAGAAAAGGAUCAGGAAUCAAAACCAUGCUCAAAUGAUAAUAUUUCUAUUGCUGGUUAUGAUAAUGGGUAUAAAAGUGAAUCGUCUUCUCGAAGUUUAGGUACAAGUGUUUUUAGUGGUAGCAAUAGAAGAGGGUCAGCCUCAGGGCAAUGUGUAGUUUCUCUACUUGAGACAAAAAAUUUUCCAUGUAACGCUAGAACUCAAAAUUCCGCUCUUAUAGAUUUGAUCAAUGAUGAGUGUGCUCCUAUCUCUGAGGUGAAAAGUGCAGCACUCAAUAAGGAAAAAAUUUCCCUAGUGGAUUUAAGCUCGCUUCAGAUCACAGAACACUUUAACAGUGAAACUAUGUCAAAGAUAACUGUGAACAAGUGCAUAUGUGGUCGUCCUUACUCUGAGGGUUCUAAUGUGAUUGAUGUAGGUACGCAGACAGUACCUUCUUACAUAGGCGAGUCUGGCAAGGUCCAUUCCACUUGCAUUUAUUGCAAGGGCCAGCAAAUACGUGACGGUUACAGAGAUAAAACUAAAGAAAAUAAAGUGGCUAAAAACAAGCGUGAGCUUCGCAAGUGUCUUGUCUCGGAGGAUUUGCAUGGCAGCAGUUCCCCGCGUAGCUCAAGCGAUGGCGAGAGUUUGUCUCUCCUCAGCAGCAGUGACUCCUGUCUUGGCGACUUGCCCAGCAGCGUUAAUGCCAACGACUCCAUAUGCAGCUCGAUGACCAAUGUCAGCCUUGUUAACUCUAGUAUUACAAAGAAGAGCCAAGACCAUAAGCUUGGCAGCACCGAGAUCACGCUCAACAGCCUUGGCAGUGUACAAUCGUGGGACUGGAUUUCAGGCGGCAAGAAAUCCUCCCAAACUGACUCAGGGUCACCCUCCACCCCUAACUCGUGUGCGCUGCUUAGCAACACUUCCAGUAGCUGCGAGAGUGGCUUCAGUUGUUCAUCUUCUCCUCGCCAUCUCAAUGAACACAGUCAUCUGAAAGCCAAAUUUGCCUCAAGCUUUGUCUGUCAGGAUACUUGCUGCAAUGCGUCUGCUUCAAGAACUCCUCCGUCUACCUCUGAUGUGUCAACUCAGUGUUCCUCCAUUGAGACCAAGAGCAAACAAGCCCAGACAUUUGAUAAUAACUCUCCUAUUAAAGAUAAUGCAGAUCCUGCAGAAUCAAUACUGGAUUCGCCUCUUAUCGAGCUGGAUGAAUUUUCUCCAUUAGAAGUGUCGACUGAUUUGCUUGCCAGAUUGACGAGUCAUUUUGAUUAUUUCAAUGAUGAUUUACUUGCAUUUGAAAACAAUAAAACUCACGACAAUGGCAUUUUUUCGAAGUCCUGCCUCAAUGACAAGUCUAUACCAUACAUCCUCGACAGCCUUGCAGAGUGCGACCGUUCCACUCAAAUAGACGUGCAAAGAAAUUCAUUAUUAUCAAACUGCAAGCCUAGCCUGCCCAACCCCUAUAAGAUAGGUAGUGAGGGCAGCAGGACAGCGAACAAUAGACGCCCGUGGGCCGAAGAUGAUGACAUCAUGCCCUCCAUCCACCGACCUUUUCAACGCUGUGCCCCAGAGCAGGGCGUUGUAGCCAGCACCACCACUGCAUCAGCAACUGUCACUUCCCUGUGAAGUUGUUAUGUGUUAUGGCGAUAGCAGUCGUGUCACUCAUAUUGUUGAUUCGUUACAUGGAAAGAAACUGAAAGAUAUUAAUUUGCAAUGUUUAUUUAUAUUGUUUUGGAAGAGAAUAUGAUGCAAAAAUUAUAUUGGAUUUUUGAAACGGAUGAGACAAAUGAAUCUAAGAUUCGUUUUUUAGUCGUAUCAUGAUGAAAAUUAAAAUAUUGAUGAAUGAGAAAUAAUGAUAAUAAUAAUAAUAAAACUCCAUAUAAUACAAUUUGCUAAUGGCGUUUCAUAAAUUUUGUCUUCCAUGUUUUCUAGCUGAAAUUCAGGACGAAACACCAAUUGCAUGCCAGCAAUUCUGCUUACCUAGACAGAAUUGAAAACCUUGCUGGAGUCGCCAUCCUUGACUAUUAAGUUUUAUGAGAUUUCAUUUUUUGUGCGACUCCAAUUCCGAGAUUCCGUUGUAAAGUUCAGAAAAUUACCUCUUUGCUGCUAUAUAAGAUUUUGAUAUAUAUAUAUUUUUUUUUUUUUUGACGAUGUAUGCUAGUUCCAGGGUGUUCAAACUUCGAUCGACUUUAGAUAAAUUUCCUACCCUGCUAAACUUGAAUCGACUGCUUUUGACUGGCUUAAUGCUAACACUUUUGUUAUAAAUAGUUAUUGGUAAUGAGUUUAAUUAUGUUUGUGUGUC